GGGGAGACAAAAAGUGAAUUGUUGGAGAAACUCAGCUCCAUUUGAUGCCGAUGCUGGAUUACCUCACAUCUACAGCCCGGGAGAAGGUCGAGGCAGAUGGGGAACCAGAAAAGAUGGAGGCGUUUGCUGCUGGGACCUCCCGUACCUUCCCGUUCCUCAGCGUGAGAUCCGGGGGUGCGAGCAGCGCUGUUCACAGCCUUCUGUGAAAAGGAGUUUGGGAGGAGGGGGGCUGCCUGCCUGUUAGCAAAGUGGAAGCGAGCCGCUUCCUUCUCAGUACACCCCAAGCAGAGUCAACAUGAAGACCCCGGGCUCCCUGAGACAACCUGGAGCCAUGCUUCUGUUGGUCAUCUGCCCCCUGCUGGCCAUGCUGCAAGGUGCGACCAGUAAAGCUGAGAGUGGACACCUGGGCGACUCUGACCCAGACAGGUGCAUCAGGCACCACUUUGUGGAGACCAUCACCCAUCCCAUCUACAAGUGCAACUCCAAGAUGGUGCUCCUGGCCCGCUGCGAGGGCCACUGCGGCCGCACCUCCCGCUCCGACCCGCUGGUCUCCUUCAGCUCGCUGCUGAAGCAGCCCUUCAAGAGCACCUGCUUCUGCUGCCGCCCCCACACCUCCAAGCUGAAGGCCGUGCGGCUGCGCUGCUCCGGCGGUACCCGCAUCACCGCCACCUACCGCUACAUCCUGGCGUGCGGCUGCGAGGGGUGCAGCUGA